CUCAGUGGGUGAGGGUACCGGUGAUCCAGCCAGUGAGGAGAGCAUGGAUGUAUCUGAAGCUUCCAACAGUAGUGGAACCUUGGCCAACCAGUCACCUCUCUCUGACCACAUUCCUAACAACAUUUACUCCUUUGAGCACAGUGUCCGUGACCCUCUUCGGUUCCCAAUGCAGAACGGACGGUUAGUAGGAGCAGCUGUGGAGGGCAAUGUUCCUCCACCAGCAGGAGGAGGAGCUGCAGCUGAAGCAGCUGGAGGCCAUAGACCUUCACCAUUCAAUCUUUCCCACUUGGAAUUUUCACUUCCAGACACAGAGAUAUAUGAAGCAGAACCAGUGGACUUUCCUAGUUCCCCAACUGCCCUUCGCUCCAUGGUCCACCCCAGUGACGACAGCCUUGGAAUGGGUGUCAGACUUGCAGACAGGGAGGAGCCUCCACAAGCCCCUGCCACUCCUACUGAAGAUGACCGGUCCAUGUAUACUGCAGUAGUGUCUCCGCCCACCGGUCAGGUCACCCUCCGUAAAGGAUGUAUAGAAGUAGUAAACAUAUCAAAGACCAGUAGUGCAUUGGAACCUCAUAGCACAAUAGAACACUCAAGUACCACACAUGAUUAG